AGCAGAGAUCCACACAUGGCUCCUACAAUCACUUCAGCAAUGACUUCUCCUGAGAGUCACCUGACUCUAACUCAUAAGAUCAGGAAGCCGCUGGUGGAAAAGCUACGCAGAGAGCGAAUCAACAGCAGCAUUGAGCAGCUCAAGUCUCUGCUGGGUCCAGAGUUCCUCAAACAAGAACCUGACUCCAAGAUGGAGAAAGCAGACAUUCUGGAGAUGACGGUGGUCUUUGUGAGACAACAGCAGCUCUAUCGCCGAGGACACUCAGUUUCAUCCUCUGCCAACCAGGGUCACUCCAGGUGUGUCCAGGAGAUGGUCCACUUCCUGUCUAAGGAUGAGGGGAAGACACAGUCCAACGGAAGAGUAUUGGACCAUUUCCAGAACCAUCAGGCCUCCUCUGAACCGGACAUGAAGGUCCCAGUGAGCCCAGUCAAGCCCAGCCUGGGCCAGCAGAAGCCCAGGGCCAGCCCCAGCCCGUGGAGGCCGUGGUAGAGACUCGGAUGUGCUCUCUGAAAGGGACCGUUGUUGUACAACCACUUGGUUCAAGAC